AAAUUGAAACAUAACAACAACCAUCAAAACACAAUUCAUUUCUUUUUAUUUAUUAAAAUUAAACCAUGGCUGCUUCUACAAUGGCUCUUUCCUCCUCUACCUUCGCCGGAAAGACGGUGAAACUCGCACCAUCUUCUUCUGAAAUCAGUGGAAAUGGGAGAAUUACAAUGAGGAAGACUGCUGCCAAGCCCAAGCCAGCUUCCUCUGGUAGCCCAUGGUAUGGUCCUGACCGUGUUAAGUACUUGGGCCCAUUCUCUGGUGAAUCACCAAGCUAUUUGACUGGUGAGUUCCCUGGUGAUUACGGAUGGGACACUGCUGGGCUUUCAGCUGACCCUGAAACAUUCGCUAAGAACCGUGAGUUGGAGGUUAUUCAUUGCAGAUGGGCCAUGCUUGGUGCUCUUGGAUGUGUUUUCCCCGAGCUUUUGGCACGUAACGGUGUUAAGUUUGGUGAAGCUGUAUGGUUCAAAGCUGGAUCUCAAAUUUUCAGCGAGGGCGGACUUGACUACUUGGGAAACCCUAGUUUGGUUCAUGCACAAAGCAUUUUGGCUAUUUGGGCUUGCCAAGUUGUGUUGAUGGGAGCCGUUGAGGGUUACCGUAUUGCUGGUGGGCCUCUUGGUGAGGUUGUUGAUCCACUUUACCCUGGUGGUAGCUUUGACCCAUUGGGCCUUGCUGAAGACCCAGAGGCUUUUGCUGAGCUCAAGGUGAAGGAGAUCAAGAAUGGUAGACUUGCUAUGUUCUCCAUGUUUGGAUUCUUUGUUCAAGCUAUUGUCACCGGAAAGGGUCCGUUGGAGAACCUUGCCGACCACAUUGCUGACCCAGUUAACAACAACGCCUGGGCUUUUGCCACAAACUUUGUUCCCGGAAAGUGAGUGCAACAAACUCUUCUCCAAUUAGUGUGAGAUUAUGAGUUUUUAGCUUUGUGAGAGAUGAAUCUGUAGAAGGGGUCAGUUUUUUAAAGCAUUCUGGGUUAUGGGUUCAGUACAAGAUUAUUGUAAAUUGGUUUGGAUUAAUUAAUGAAUCUUUUCAUCUUGCACAAGCAAUUUUUAA